UCUCGUGACUGCUUCAAUUGACAUUUGUCAGCUGACUAAUUGAAAAAUUCGUGAGGGUUUUUAUAAUUUAUUUUCAAUAUAAACUUGUAAAAAAUUAUAAAGUAAAAAAAUGGCUUUACACUCUGCUGUUAAAGGAAAACUAAUUUCUGUUAUUGGAGAUGAGGAUACUUGUGUUGGUUUUCUGCUUGGUGGAGUAGGUGAGAUCAACAAAAAUCGUCACCCCAACUUUAUGGUUGUAGAUACCUUUUUGUGACAUAUACAUAUUUAUUAAUAACAAUCACUUAAUAUUAUUAAAAUGUGUAUAGAUACUGCUGUAAGUGAAAUUGAAGAUUGCUUCAAACGCUUCCUUAAACGAGAUGAUAUCGACAUUAUUUUAAUCAACCAAAACUAUGCUGAACUUAUUCGCCAUGUGAUUGAUGCGCACACCUCUCCAGUUCCGGCAGUACUCGAAAUACCUUCAAAAGAUCAUCCAUAUGACGCUAGUAAGGAUUCUAUAUUAAGACGCGCCAGAGGCAUGUUUAAUCCCGAAGACUUAGUUCGCUAAGUUAAAAAUGUAUAUAUAUGUAAAAAUAUUGCGUGUAAUUUGUGUGUAUUUGUUUUCAUUCCUAAUGCUGCAAUCAUGUUUUAUUAAUCGGCAUUCAAAUAUUUAAAGCAUAAUUGAUUAAAAAAUAAAGUGUGUUUAUGUCUUUAAA